AUGUCGUCCCCCAGAUCGAGCGACCUCGGCGCGGCCGAGAAGGCGAUGAUGAAGGAUAAAGUGCCAGUCCAUAUCGACGACCGGGAUGAGGUCGACCCGUUGGAUGGUGUUGCGAGCGACGAGUCGCACAUCAACUACAAGAACAUGGGUUGGAUCAAAGCAGGGGCCUUGCUCAUGGCUGAGACCAUCGCCCUCGGCAUCCUCAGCUUCCCCCUAGUCUUCCAUCGCCUCGGGAUGUUCGGCGGUGUCUUUACGACUGUCAUGCUCGCAUUAUUAUCUUGGUACACUGGCUAUGUACUCGUGCGCUUCAAGGCAAACCACCCCGGCGUUCUCAACUUUGCUGACGCAGGGCAUGUUGUCUUCGGAAACUUUGGCUUCUAUCUCUUCGGUGGAAUGCUCAUGGUCAAGACAACCUUCCUUGCUGGCUCGCACGCGCUUUCCGGCAGCAUUGCUCUCAACAGCAUCUCAUCACAUGCUAUCUGCAAUAUCGCCUGGGCUGCUAUCAUCGCGAUCGUUUCCUUCCUCCUCGCCAUCCCUCGCACAUUUGAGAAAGUCUCUUACAUCUCGUUCGUGUCUGUGACAUGUAUCCUCACUGCCUGCAUGAUCACGAUCGUCGCUACUGGAGUUCAGCGCCAGGAGGAUCUUCCCGACUUCCCUGCCUCUGGUCCCGUUGAGUGGAAGGCGUUUGAGAACCUUGGACUUAUCAGCACAGUCAAUGCCUUGACGAACAUUAUUUUUGCUUACGGUGGUCACGUCGCCAUCUUCUCCUUCGCGGCGGAAAUGCGCAACCCCGCUGACUUCACGAAGUCCCUGGCCCUUGUCCAAAUCGUGGCGACUAUCUGCUAUGUGAUUGUUGGCGCCGUGAUCUACCGCUUCGGAGGGCAGUAUGUCAGCUCACCUGCGCUGACCAUGACAUCCAAGCCUGUUCGCAUCACCGCAUACUCCAUCGCUCUCGUCUCCAUCAUCAUCUCGGGAGUCGUUGCCUCCUACGUCGGCGCGAAGUUCAUCUACACUACGAUGUUCCGCGGGACCACCCGCCUCACCUCGAACAGCAAGCGCACCUGGGCCGUCUGGGUGUGCAUCUGCAUAGCCAUUUGGACGGUCGGCUGGCUCAUCGCUGAGCUAAUCCCCUUCUUCUCCGACCUCCUCAGUAUCAUCUCGUCUAUCUUGACGGUUUGGUUCACCUACGGCCUCUCUGGUGUCCUUUGGCUGCAUGACCACAGCUCGAAGGGUCCUGAGGGAGCUGCCAACGGCGGUAUCGGUUUCUUUGGCAAUAAACGUGCUCGGGGAGAAAUGCUCCUGAGCAUCUUUGUCAUUCUCUUCUCAAUGGUCAUUAUGGUUUUGGGUAUGUACUCGGCUAUCAAGGGAAUCGCGGAUAAUUACGCAGCUGGAGAGUAUAGCCACCCCUUCAACUGCUAA